CGCCCUGCUCCGCGCGGCAUAACCGGAAGUGGCUUCUUCAAUCUGGGCAUUUGUGCUCGUGUCUCGCCGGCUGGCGAUUGCUACACAAAAUGACAGGAGUGCGAGGACCCGGGGAGAGCCGAGACACAGCCAUGGCCAUGGAGCAGGACAUAUUUGACGCCGUCGUGAUGGCGGAUGAGAGAUUCCAUGGGGAGGGAUAUCAGGAAGGCUAUGAAGAAGGCAGUAGCUUGGGAAUCGUUGAAGGAAAGCAGUAUGGCGUGUUACAUGGAGCCAAAAUUGGAUCUGAGAUUGGAUGCUACCGGGGUUUUGCUCUUGCAUGGAAAUGUCUCCUGCACAGUGGUGCUGGUGAGAAAGAAAGCAGGAAGAUGAAGGUGGUGGAGGCUCUGAUCACGCUGCUGCAGGACUUUCCCUAUGAUGAUCCCACUUAUGAGAAGCUCCAUGAAGACCUGGAGAGAAUCAGAGGGAAAUUCAGACAGCUGUGCUCACUGCUCAACGUGCAGCCGGACUUCAAGGUGACUGCAGGAGGCUCUGGACUUGCAUUUUGAGGACCACAGAAGAGCAGAUGUCUGCACAUCAAGUGUCACAGUGAUUAAAGGCAAGCCUGAGAGGCACCCAUUGUUCUGUGAGAGGAGCACUUUGGCCCCCCCUUGAGGCUCUGCCUGGGUGACUUGCAAAGGUCUGCACCCUGCCUUCUGCACAGCAGCAGCACACUCAAGAGGCAGCUUGCCACUGGCCAGAGUGAGUGGUCUGAGGGUGGGACUCACAGAGGCAGGCUGAUGUGAAAUUAGUUCAUGAGAAGCCAUGACAGGAGAUCUGCUGUCUGCUGAGCCUCUGCUGGCCUCGCUCGGACCUCCUUUGUUCACUCCAUCCCUCUGGCAGCCCCAGACGUAGAUACCAUUCUGGCUUAGAGAUGAUGAAAUAGACCCAUCCAGUCUAAGGGCUGGCAGCAGAGCUGGCUCUCACUGCAGAUCCAUGCCCUGCAGUACCACAUGGUGCCUCAGCCUCCAUCAUGUGCUGUCAUUGUCAACACCACUGGAGGACCCAGAUUUCCUGCUGUGUGCACAGGACUCAGGGUCCACUGGGUUUGGCUUGCCUCUGGAUGCCUAGCUGAGAAGACAAGAGCAGCCUGAUCCUGAGGAAGCUGAAGCAUGGCCUUCAUGCUGCCCUAGGAGUGGGAUGAGCGCUACACAGUAGGAAAUGGCAGUGGAGCCAGGUGGCA